CUGACACCAGGGGAAUCCGGGCACCCCCCACCACCACCACCACGCCAUAUGAGCCCCCUGGAACUCGGCUCCCGCAUUCCAGCUGCUCCAUGGCCGCGUCUCCAAUCCUGGCCUGGCAGAAAUUCUGCGGACAUUCAGGGAUAGGCUUCACCACUGAGACCUCAGGCCUCUGCCAGCCACAAGCCCCAGAUCCCUAGCCAUCCUCGGCAGGUCCCAGUCCCGGUUCUAUCGGUGCUUUCGCCCCAGCCGCAGCUAUGCUGCACACCGAAGGACACGCUCUUCUUCGGGCCGUGGGUCAGGGUAAGCUACGCUUGGCCCGUUUGCUUCUGGAGGGAGGAGCAUACGUGAAUGAGGGUGAUGCCCAGGGGGAGACUGCGCUAAUGGCGGCCUGUCGGGCCCGCUACGACGACCCCCAGAAUAAGGCGCGCAUGGUACGCUACCUCCUGGAGCAAGGCGCAGACCCCAACAUCGCAGACCGCCUAGGGCGCACGGCGCUCAUGCACGCUUGCGCCGGGGGUGGGGGUGCCGCAGUGGCCUCGUUGCUCCUUGCCCACGGCGCAGAUCCCUCAGUCCGAGAUCACGCAGGCGCCUCGGCGCUUGUCCAUGCCCUGGACCGCGGAGACCGCGAGACCCUUGCCACACUCCUGGACGCCUGCAAGGCCAAGGGCACGGAGGUCAUCAUUAUAACCACGGAUACCUCGCCCUCGGGCACCAAGAAGACCCGGCAGUAUCUCAAUUCCCCACCGUCCCCCGGGGUGGAGGACCCUGCUCCCGCUCCUCCUAGCCCCGGGGUCUGCACGUCGCCUUCGGAAAUCCAAUUGCAAACUGCAGGAGGACGCGGGUUAUUAUCCCCUCGCGCCCAGGAAGAAGAGGAGAAGCGGGACGUAUUUGAAUUCCCUCUUCCUAAGCCCCCUGAUGACCCCUCCCCUUCUGAGCCGCUCCCCAAACCGCCUCGACAUCCCCCUAAACCACUCAAAAGGCUUAACUCCGAGCCCUGGGGCCUAGUGGCUCCGCCUCAACCUGUCCCUCCUGCCGAAGGAAGACCCGGGAUCGAGCGCCUGACCGCGGAAUUCAAUGGUCUGACUCUGACCGGUCGACCCCGUCUUUCCCGACGUCACAGCACGGAAGGCCCAGAGGAUCCUCCCCCUUGGGCGGAAAAAGUGACUGGCGGAGGUCCUCUCUCGCGCAGAAACACGGCGCCCGAGGCUCAAGAGUCUGGUCCCCCUUCAGGGCUACGCCAAAAACUGAGCCGCAUGGAGCCGGUGGAGCUCGACACCCCCGGACAUCUUUGCCCUGAUUCGCCUGAGUCCAGUCGACUGUCCCUCGAACGUCGCCGAUACAGCGCCUCCCCGCUGACCCUCCCUCCAGCCGGCUCGGUUCCCUCCCCGCGUCAGUCCCAGGAAAGUCUGCCCGGGGCUGUAUCUCCGUUGAGCGGGCGGAGGCGGAGUCCCGGGCUGCUGGAAAGGAGGGGCUCAGGGACGCUGCUCCUGGACCACAUCUCCCAAACGCGGCCGGGUUUCCUGCCCCCACUCAACGUCAGUCCCCACCCCCCCAUCCCCGACAUUCGCCCCCAACCCGGAGGUCGGGCGCCUUCACUGCCUGCCCCUCCCCACCCCGGGGUGCCCGGCUCUCCCAGGACCAAGCGCAAGUUGGUGAGACGCCACUCCAUGCAGACUGAGCAGAUCCGCUUGCUAGGGGGCUUCCAAAGCCUAGGCGGGCCAGGGGAAUCAGGGCGUUGAGAUAAGUGGGAGGAGCCAAGGAGGGCGGGGAUCAGACAUUGAUGGGACAGAUUGGAGAACCAGCUCUUACGCAUACCUUGGACACAGGGAUCUCUUGCAUGUGCUUAUGGCACGAUGCACGUACACAUGGGUAAACGUGUCCACAAGCACAGCAAACUUAUUAGCAAGGAAGGAUAAGUACUCCAUUAACUGGAUUACAGACAUAGAAUUCAUGCCCUGGUCAUUUCACAAGCAUGUGGGAUUACUUGAAUACCCACAGGCACAGCACACCAAUAAACACGGAGGACCACUUGUGCUAGGGUUCAAACUCACUUGCAUUUGUUCAGAAGCAGUAAGGACCUCUACUUAUGGGUAUUCUCCUAUAUCUUUGCCCUCCUGCAGAAGCAAUCCCUUGCUUUCCAUGUAUGCCCUGCAACACAGCCUAUCCUGAUUUUGCACACUCUACUUUCUCAUGAAUUUUCCACUCCAUUUUGCAGGUCUUGCUUCUCUCUCCAGGCCUGGCUCCUUGUUCACACCCUGCUUCCAACCCCAAACACUUUUCAGGAUAUCUCUUCACUUCUUGGGGUUCCUGCAGCAACUCCCAGUCUCAGUGCUGCUCUUUCCUGCUCUCAACUUCCUACUUUUUAUUCCCACUCUGUUCUCUCAAACACUACAACAGGUUGUCUCAUUUUCCCAAGGGGUGGGUCAUGGGCUCUAAGCUGCUCUACUGUCUGUCUGAGCUUAUGAACACUCCCACAAGUAGAAGUGGGGAGUAGUUCUAAAUCACUCCUCACUCCACUUGACAUAUCAAAUAAAUGUGUACAGAAGUCUCUGUUUUGUCACUUCUGCCUGGGGCGUGGGGAAUAAGGAAGUGUGGAGGGAGGGUGAUACUCAUGUAUAGCUACAAUGAUCCAGGAGAUUACUCAGAGGUUAUAGUUACUGUCUUUUCAGGAGACCAAUUGAUCAACUGUAGAAGAAAAGGCAGGGGUCCUGAAGGUUUUAAGCAUUUGACAGGCUGUCAUUUCCUCCAGUCUCCCCUGUGUCCACCCUUAAAUUCUUUAAGAUUCCUACACAGAGUGCCUCCCUCCACCAUCGACAGUAUGGUUCAGUAGAUGAACUGUCUCCUUUUCUAGCUUCCUAUUUCUUGUCGACUCAGUUUUUACUCGGGGACUAAUUUUCAUUUCACUAAGUCUUUUGCAUUCAUUUUCUUCUACUUUUUACCUCUAUGGGCUAUCUUUAUUUCUGAGUCACUGUAGGAGAGAUUUUUGGGCCGGGGAGGUGGUUAGCAAAAACUUCACCUAAGUAAAAAUGGUACAUAGUCAACUGACAAGUGAUGUGUAAUGUGUGUGAUGUGUGUCCAUGUGUGAGGUAAAAAGUGGAAUCCAGACAGACUCUUUGAACAAGGGUGCCUUUCCUAACCUGUUUCCUGAAUUUCUCAGUUUACUGGUUUUUCUGCAUAUAUUCAGGGACAUACCCGCUCUACUAUCUUACUCUCUUCCUUAGGAUUGGUGGAAUCAGAAAUUUACCCAACAAUGUGACAUGGUGAAAAGAUGAAAAUAUUGGGCAGUAGAAUACCUAUGUCUGAGCCUCCCCGCCUCCCUGCCCCUUGUCAUUUCCUAGCUAUUUAAUUUUGGGCAAUUUAACCCCCCUAUGUGUCAGUUUCUUUAUUCAUAAAAUAAUAAUAAAAACUGGUGGUGAUUGUGA